AAUAAUAAUAAUAAUAAUAAUAAUAAUAAUGCAUAUGAAAGUAUGUCGGGAAUUUUGGGCGCAGCUAGAGGAGGACAUAUUCAGGAAGUAAAAAGACUGGUUGAAUGUGAUGCUGACGUUAACAAAAAGGAUCUGUAUGACAAGACAGUUCUGCAUUUUGCUGCUGAGUCCGGAUCGCUGGAAACGAUCAAAUAUUUAGUUGAACGUGGUGCGAAUGUAAAUUCUGAAAACAGGUGGAAUGAAUCUGUUCUGAACUUCGCGGUUGAAUUUGGUUCUUUCGAAAUUGUUGAAUAUUUAAUUGAACGCGGAGCGAAAGUGAAUUCUCAAAACGAUAGAAGGGAAAGUGUUCUUCACCUCGCUGUUCAAUCUGGUCCCCUUGAAAUUGUCAAACAUUUAGUCCAACAAGGUGCGGAGGUAAAUUGUAAAAAUGUGUGGAACGAAACAGUUCUUGACUAUGCUGUGAUGACUCGUUCGUUAGAAAUUGUCGAGUAUUUAAUUCAACAUGGUGCUGAGGUAACAAGUAAAGAUAAUCGUGGCGAGAAUACAGUUCUAUUUGGAGUUGAAACUGGUUCUUUAGAAAUUCUCAUUUAUUCAAUUGAGCAUGGUGCGAAUGUGAAUUCUCGAAACGAUAGGAAUGAAAGUGCUUUUCACCUUGCUGUUCAAACUGGUUCCCUGCAAAUUGUCAAAUAUUUAGUUGAACAUGAUGCUGAGGUAAAUUGUAAAAAUGUGCGGAAUGAAACAGUUCUUGACUAUGCUGUGAUGACUCGUUCGUUAGAAAUUGUCGAGUAUUUAAUUCAAAAUGGUGCUGAGGUAGCAAAUAAAGAUAAUCUUGGCGAGAAUACAGUUCUAUUUGGAGUUGAAUCUGGUUCCUUAGAAAUUCUCAAGUACUCAGUUGAGCAUGGUGCGAAUGUGAAUUCUCGAAACGAUAGGAAUGAAAGUGCUCUUCAUCUUGCUGUUCAUGCUGGUUCCCUGCAAAUUGUCAAAUAUUUAAUAGAACAUGGUGCUGAAGUAAAUUGUAAAAAUGUGCUGAAUGAGACUGCUCUUCACUAUGCUGCGAUUAUUGGUUCAUUAGAAAUUGUUAAGUAUUUAGUAGAGCAGGGUGCUGAGGUAAGAAGUGAAGAUCAUUGUGGCGAAAACACUGUUCUAUUUCUGGCUUGUAAACAGGGGAAUGACUUAAUUGUUGAUUAUCUUCUCCAACAUGGAGCUGUACACGACAUACAUAAGUGCGAUGGUAGAUUGCGUUCUCCUUUAAGAAUAUCAUGCGAGAAUGGCCACAUCGGGGUUGCUAAAAUAUUACUGAAGUUCGACGUCGACUUGCGAAAAGAGCAAAAAUUGUUUUUUGACAAUGAUGAGAUCAUGGAUAUUCUAAAGCUGGAGUUAGAGUCCAUUAAACUUCGGGAGAGUAUACAGAUUUUUAACGCAACAGAUGACGCAAAGGUAAUAGAUAAUUUCAAUUUUGAAAUUGUGUUACUUGGAUAGUAAUAUGCACGAGUCGGUAGUACAAAGGGUUGAUAGCUUUAUCCGCCCGAUA